AUGCGUAUCCCACCUUUCUUCCGCAAGCUCUUCAAGAUUCACUCCAUGGACUUUGAAACAGCCAUCUGGGAAAUGACCCACUUGAUCAUAGCCCCGAAGAAAGUGUUCAGAAGCAUCUACUAUCACAAACAAACGAAGAACUCGUACCAUCGAGCGGAUCCAGCCUUCACAUAUCUUCUUUCAGUCUUCCUGUUUCUAGGAGGACUUGCAUGGGGAAUUGCAUAUGCGGAUGGCUUCAGCAGGACAUUGCAAGUGGCCAUGAUCUUCGUGGUGGGGCACUUUCUUGGAGUGUCCCUAUUGCUGUCGAUCAUGAUGUACUUCCUCGUCGGAAGAGUGCUCGGAAAGCGUAGGCAAGGUCUCUUUGGGCCUCCGGUGGGCGGCGAGGAUGUCUUGGAGUUUGGAUAUUGCUUCGAUGUCUCCAUCCGAGCGUUCCUGCCAGUAUGGGUGUUCUYGUACGUUCUGCAAUUCCUCUUGAUGCCUCUCAUCGCACAAGACUAUUGGGUGUCAAACCUGUUUGGCAACACCAUGUAUCUGAUGGCCCUGAGCUACUACUUUGUGAUCGUAUUUCUGGGAUACAACGCUCUACCGUUCCUCAGCCGCACCGAGAUCCUGCUAGCACCCAUACCUGUAUUGGUAGUGCUAUGGCUCAUCAGUCUCUUCACCUUUGAUUGUGCAACGAAUCUUGCGCCGGUUCUAUGGUGCGGCAUCAAGAUGCGCAAGCCGGUGUAG